AUGCGCACGCAAGUCUUUGAGAAAACCAAGAUGUGCAAGUUCCACAUCCUGGGUGCUUGUGCCAAAGGCGCCAGCUGUCGAUUCGCGCAUUUCCCGUCUGAGUUGAACAACUUGCCGGACCUGGCGUGCACUAAGCUAUGCAAAGCUCUCAUCGCUACCGGUCUCUGUGACAAUCCUGAAUGCCGAUAUGCACACAGCCAAGAGGAGCUCCGUCCGAUGCCAUUCGGGCAAGCUGUUGUAUAUGGAGCACCUGGAGCUGAACGCGAGAAAGAAAAACGAACCGGCCCACAGCUCACUGUUGGAGCACUGAUCCAGCCAGUCGGCCAGGUUGUCCCGGUGGCACCCAGAAAUCCUGCCCCACCUGCACCAGGGAUGCACAUGCAAACGGCCUUGCAUCGCCAGCCGCCAAUGAUGGGACAGGAGAGUGCAUACCGUACCGACUUCAGUCGUUGGGAGUCAAUGGCGCAGGAGGAUGUGGCAUCGGUAGCAUCUGAUGGCUAUCGCCAACUAGGACUCCUGGGGGUCCGCAACACAACUCCUCCGCGCAUGCCAAAGGUUUCUUCGGCUGCCGCUCGCCUAUGCACGAUGGGGCAAGACACAGAGGAGCCGGUGGAGGCCCUUCGUAUGCCUUCAGCCAAUGAGCCGAAUCUGGAUGAUGUGCUGCAGGAGGCCAAGGAAGUGGCCGCAGCCGCCAAAGAAUCCGGACUCUUUGACAAGGUCUAUGAGCUGAUUGGUCAGGAAGCCACUGCUGAGAACAUCAGAUCAAAGCUCAGUGAUGCCGUCCGAGACUUGAGGGACAACUCACUGCUGGUGGUUUUCUAUGCUGGCCAUGGCUAUUUCGAAUCAGGUUUCACUUGGAUUAAAACAGCAGAGGCACCGAUUGCCUUGCAGAAAGAAGUUUUCGAACAUGUAAAACAGUUGAGACAAAAUGAUGGAACAACACGCCGUAAUAGCUUGGAUUUUGGUUUUGUUUUCUCUUGUUGCCGAAUAGCAGACCCGGAUGGCCUACAGCAAGAUCGAGAUACAUCUCCACCAGACUACAAAGAUCUUGCUGGUGACACCAUUAUUGAGCUGCAUGCCUGUCAGCCGGGCUCCUGCGUUGUUGAUUCUGUUCUCCUAGGAUUUGCCUUGGCAUACUACUUGCGAAAGAAGCCUGCAGACUUUGAGUCAAUGCUGCAGAGUGUAAGCACUGAUGUGCGUUAUUUGUCUAUAGACCGCAUUCAACCGUAUACGAAGAAGGUCGAAUCGAAUCACACGAUCGUGUUGCAUAGUGGCAAAACUGACAGUCAGAAUCCGAUUAUGGGAGAGGCUGAGCUUCGCCACUUCAAGGACGCAUUUCUGCUAUCUAAUCACAUAUUCGAAGCAAUACAGCAAGAAAUGAAAGCUGCAGACCCAAUGCGGUCAUACGAGAAUGUGCGUGGCGAGCUCGCAGAAAUGGCAAGGUUGAUUGCCGGCAUGGGAAAACAGGUUACAAAUCUCCAGAUUCAAUUGAGUGUCCUGUGCCAAUGGCCCCUAUCUGAAAUGAAUGCGACAUUGGAAAUAUGGAUGAGAGAACCUCAGCUUUCCGAAUAUCUUGCUGCAUGUGAUAGAGACAUCCAGAACUGGCAACUUAUACCUUCAACACCGAGAGAGGCUUUCUACUCAGCCUUGAGGAAAGUCUCAAGCGGCGGACUGCGAGAUCUCCACAGUCCAGCAAUGUGUGCACGUGUCAAAUGUGUCAAAAAAUUCCUUGGUCUCUUUGUGUCCAGCAUCUCGGUUUUGUUCCCAGGUGAAGUAGAGGAGUCGAGCGAGCAAUCAUCGGAUGUCGAUGGGUGUUCACAUGACCCGGAGGUUCACCAAACUCAUUUGCGUAUCCCUGACGCCGACGCCGCAGACUUCUCGGAGAGGGAACGUGCAGCAGUUCUGGAUGCACUGUAUGAUAUGCUGAACGACAUGGGCAUCGGGAAUGACGCCGCCUUCAGCAUCCUCUCAGGUAGCCUGUGGAUUGUGAUCAGUACAUCGGCACCUUUAGCUGACAAACAACGAAGUGGUUUGGUCGCAGCGCUCAACAUGUAUGUCAAGAAAUGCAAGAGCGGCAAGAAUGGCCCAACUAGCGCCUGUGCUUGGAUGUUUGCCAAAACUGUACAGCUGACAAACGGUGCACUUGUGCCUAUCAGCGUGUUCAAUCGUGUUCGCUUGGCAAGAGAUUUGCAAAAGAAAUUGCAGAAGAGGCCCACUGCCGAUGCUUCUUGGUCCACCUGGCUGGAUGCCAAUGGGAUCAAGGCAAUCGCAACGGCCGUAUACAACUCAAACGAAGGAAGAUCGGUCAUUUCAGAACGCCAAGUCCGCUUGUUUCAUCAUGGCCAAGAGCUUCAAGGGCGUGAGCUGUUGCGGAGCGCAGGUGAUAUACAGAUUACAGUCGAAAAAAUGUGGGAGGAGUUGACAUGGUCGGCAGCUUUGGAAGAGACGAUGCAGAAGAUAUCGCAGAGACAGGACGCAAAGGAAAUGCCAUGGGCGCGGAGCAAGAGUUUUCAAGAUUUUGCUCUGGCUGUAUUUGGCAUCUGCUCUUCACCAGAUGCAGUUCUAUCUCAACUUUGCAUCCAAGGGCUUCAAGAUGUCCUCCAAAGCGACAAGUUCAUGGACAGCUGCACAAAUCCUCUGGCAUUGUUGACUGAGGUGCUAUCUUACCUCCUUGCCAAUGACCCUGACAUGGCGGAGCCGAUUGAGCCGAUGAAGGAAAUGCCGGAAAUGCCGCCAGCUACCCAAGAUCCAUUGGAGGAUGACAUGGCGGAGUCCAAAGAGGAACUGCCGCCGAUCAGAAAUCCAUUGGAGGCUCUAGAGUGUCCAGCUCUCAAAGAGUUACACGCUCAAUUGGCUUCCUUUCCGUUGACGCAAGAUAGCCUGCUGAAGGCAGUGAUUGCUUUUCCAUCCAUGAUUCAUUUACCAAUUUUCCCGGAUUUUUUGAAUGUUUUGGAAGCACUCACCCGCCCAGUGACCACACGCGGUCCGAGUGGAGGGUCUUCUUUGCAGGAUGAAGUGGAUCAAGAAGUUGCUGUGAUGUUAAAAGCUUUGCCUGCCAACAUUGAAAGGUUGGGCUGUGAGAACGCCCUGGCAGAUUUCAUUGCUGAGUGGAGGUAG